AUGAGUUUUUGGGGGUAUGGCUUCAAUCAUCGCAGUAAUAGACGACAAAGGACAUUACAAUUUGGUUUGUUUCAACUGAUUGCCAUGUUUGUCUCCCCCUCAAUAAUAGUUUACUGCUUUGCAAAUCCUACCGUCACCAAAUGGUUCGCUAGUGAAAUAAUCCCUGUUUACGUGCCGCCACAAAGCGAUCCAAAUAUCAUAUACAAGAUAUACCACAAGAAAAAUGAUGAAAAUUAG